GUUCCUGUAGGGGAGGCUAGUUGGUUAGCUGGAUGUAACCUAGUUUAUAACAGCAGGCGUUACAUCACUUUAGGUCGUGUCCCACCUGGGAAAUAACGACCUAAAGGAAGCUAAGUCUUCAUAAUUCAUAUAAUAGCGUGUUAAUAUGACACACUGACCAAAUAAAAAAAAGAGAGCGAUAGCCCUAGUGACUUCGCAAAUUUGUUGUUUUUUAGAGGAGGCUGUCCAAACGCGACUAGUUUCAACGGGCACUGGUUUCAGACAGAAGAAGACAUGUCCUGUCCUUGCACCUCGGCUGCCAGGUUGUUCCUAAAUUCUGCCCAGAGAGGGCUGUCAUGUUCCCGAUUCCAGCUGUUCUCCCUGAGUCGUCGGGGGUCUCGGGAAGCACAUUUUCAUCCACGUGUGUGUGUGAGGUCGUUUUCAGAAACGGCCGUCUGUUACGCUGCUAAAGAUGGGACAACAAAGGAUAGUGGGAGUGACAGUGGAAAGAAAAGUGUCGGUGAUGGGAAGAGGAUGUCUGGCUCUGGAGGGUCAGGAAAAGGUGGAAGCCAGCUACGCUGCCCCAAAUGUGGAGACCCCUGCACACAUGUAGAGACCUUUGUAUCAUCAACACGGUUUGUGAAAUGUGAGAAGUGUCAUCACUUUUUUGUGGUCUUGUCUGAAACGGACUCUAAAAAAGGGCUAAACAAAGAGGCCGAAUCAGAAGCCGAGUUAGUGAGACGGGCUUUUGCACAGAAACCGCCUCCGCCUCCCAAGAAGAUUUACGCCUACCUGGAUAAGUAUGUUGUUGGCCAGUCGUAUGCAAAGAAGGUCUUGGCAGUGGCCGUGUAUAAUCACUACAAGCGCAUCUACAACAACAUCCCUGCAGGCAGCCGACAGCAGGUGGAGGUGGAGAAGCAGCCAUCUUUAACGCCACGAGAGCUAGAGAUGAGAAGACGAGAGGAUGAAUACAGAUUCACAAAACUGCUGCAGAUCGCAGGGAUCAGUCCCCACGGUAACGCUCUGGGCGCCACCAUGCAGCAGCAGGCGAGCCAGCAGCCGCCUCAGGAGAAGAGGGGCGGCGAAAUCCUGGACUCUACUCACGCUGAGAUUAAACUGGAGAAAAGCAACAUUAUACUCCUCGGUCCUACCGGUUCAGGAAAAACAUUGCUGGCGCAGACGCUGGCCCGCUGUCUUGAUGUUCCGUUUGCGAUUUGCGACUGCACCACCCUCACUCAAGCUGGAUAUGUGGGCGAGGACAUCGAGUCGGUCAUUGCCAAACUUCUGCAGGAUGCCAACUACUCAGUGGAGAAAGCACAACAAGGUAUUGUGUUCCUGGAUGAAGUUGAUAAGAUUGGCAGCGUUCCUGGGAUCCAUCAGCUGAGAGACGUGGGAGGAGAGGGAGUUCAGCAGGGUUUGCUGAAACUCCUGGAGGGUACAAUCGUCAACGUUCCAGAGAAAAACUCCAGAAAGCUGAGAGGUGAAACGGUGCAGGUCGACACAACCAACAUCCUUUUUGUUGCUUCAGGAGCCUUCAACGGCCUCGACAGGAUAAUAAGCCGAAGAAAGAAUGAAAAGUAUUUGGGAUUUGGAACGCCCUCUAACUUGGGAAAAGGUCGCCGGGCGGCCGCUGCAGCAGACCUGGCCAACAGCAGCGGCGAGACGGACGCGGUCGCGGAGAUCGAGGAGAAGGACCGGCUGCUGAAGCACGUCGAGGCGAGGGACCUGAUCGAGUUCGGCAUGAUUCCGGAGUUUGUCGGCCGUCUUCCUGUCGUCGUUCCUCUGCACAGCCUGGAUGAAGACACUCUGGUCCGAAUCUUGACUGAACCACGAAACGCUGUGGUUCCACAGUACCAGGCUCUGUUCAGCAUGGACAAAUGUGAACUCAACGUGACCGCGGACGCCUUGAGAGCCAUCGCCAGAUUGGCUUUGGAGAGGAAAACUGGAGCUCGUGGCCUAAGAUCCAUUAUGGAGAAACUUCUUCUUGAGCCCAUGUUUGAGGUGCCUCACUCAGAUAUCGGGGCUGUUGAAUUGGACAAAGAUGUCGUUCAGGGAAAAACGCAGCCUAGAUACAUCCGAACCCCCGUCAAGGAUUCGGCAGAAGAGGAGUACGACUCUGGCAUCGAGGAGGAGAACUGGCCCCGGCAGGCUGACGCUGCUAACAACUGAACCAUGUCUCUCAUUUCACCUGAAAUCAUUAGGUUACCAUGAACCUCCUGGAUACCUCGUUUGGUACCAGUUGUUUUUAUUACUGCACCCGACAAAUAAAAAGCGUGGAUACUGAA